AUGACCGCCCCAGCCCCCACAAGGCCAAACCUACCAAAUCUCAACCUGGACGAGUUGGAUCGGCUGUACAAUAAUGUGCUUGUUGAAACUGGCAAGAUCUUCAAAGUCCUGGCCAAGGAGGGUGGUAGCUCGGUUGCCGAGUUGCCUGUUGCGAAUACCAGCCGUAUCCAGUACAAUGUUGAGGAGUUCAAUGCCGCCCUAGAUGAGGUCGAGUCCGAGAUCCUGCAAGCCAAGGCCGCCAUCUUGAGGGAUCUGAACAAAGCACGGGAAAAGCGCAAUCCACCGCCGGUCCCGGUACCCGCGCCAAAACCGGCGUCUCUCCCGGCCCCAACGGCGCCCAUGGCUCCCAAGGCACCCAUGGCUCCAAUGGCCCCCAUGACGGUCGGUAUUCCGGCAGGUCCCAGCCCCCCUCAACCCCAGCCCGGGAAGCCGCCUCUUAACAAGUCGGUGGCCCCUAUCCCUGAUAUGGGACUCGAUCUUACCGCGUCUCCCGUGGCCAAACACUCCCCGAGCCCGAAGCUGGUCAAGACCAAUCCCAAGAACUCGCCUCGGCCGGGCGCCGCACGCCCUGUUAGUGCACCUCCGAAAAAGGAUUCCAAGGUCCCGCCAGGGCCUGCCUCCCGACUAGCACAUGCGGCAAACGCAGCAUCACAGGCACCCCGACCAGCAAGCGCAGCGCCCCAAGCCCCCCAUCAAGUUCACAACACCAAGUCUGCGGUCCUUCAGGGUGGGAAUCUGGGAUCUGGCCCGACCGUGCCGCCUAAUCACAUUAACAUAUCGAAUCCACCCCCGCAACAAGCGAUGCCAGGGCCACAACCACCUCAGGCAACACAAGGCCCUCAAGGGGCUUUCCACGCUCCACCCUCCGCUGCAGCCAAAGCACCAGCACCAGGAGCCGAAGCUCUCUUCACGAACAUGACCUUUUCCCUGGCACCUGCCCCAGGAGAAGCAUCGAAACAGAACCAUCAGCCAGCCGCCAACAUGACGAAUGCCACGAACCCACCCGCUCCGAACGUGAGCCAUCAAGCACCGGCUCCUCCGAAUGCCAACAUCAACAACGCCACACGCAAUGGAGCAGGAGGAGAGGACGCCAACAUGUCCAAUGCGGAGAUCUUUGACCUGGGGUCAGGGAGCAUGGACAACAUGGAGGACAUCAACUACGACCUGGGCGGGGAGGGCGGCGACAACAGCAAUUUCAACGACCUCUACUUCAGCAGCGGCGGCGACGAUACCACGCAGAACACCGAGUUUGAUGGCUCGAAUUUCUACAACUUUUAGGAGGGAUUUUAGGAUACGGUCGAACAUUAAUUAAGAAAGCAUUGGAUAGGAUUUUGAGGAGAACCAUAUGGAGGCAGGGGUAGUAUGGUCAGGUUGAGAUAGUCAAAGUGAGAAUGUCGCUCAGAUCAGGACGACACUUGGACGGAGCAGUAUAUGGAAAGAGAAGAGAGGAAGAGGAGGGGACAAAGGAAUAUGGAUGGAAAGAUGGCGUUCUCAUGAUGGUUUUUUUAAUAGGUAAAUAAGAUACGAUACCACUUGGGGCUUAUACGUAACUAUGAGGAGCGUCUUUAAAGCGACUUCGUCAUAUUUGAGGGCGACCGCUUUGCCGACGAGCGAUUUAUCUGAAGAGGGAAAAUGGGAUAGAGAUGGGACGUAAUACAAGUCGAUAUGGCGUAGAAUACAAAUACGAUCAAGGGAAGGAUGACGUGAUGGUAUCUUUGGACGAUAGUAGCGAGAUAGGAGAAUGAAACAAAGUUGGUCUCUCUCUGAGAACACAGCUUCACCAAUGAAGCUCUCGAGACACUCUUCACCCGACGUUCAAGAUGCAUGCCGUGUGAUUAGUUGACAACACAGAUCACAAAAUAUCUUGCUGGUUUCCCCC